UUCAGUUUCGUACGGGACUUCUGAGCGGACGCACGUGUUUUCUGUGGAGUACAACGACUCGCCUGCGGUUCUAGAUUGCAGUACAGAGUGGAAGAGAACGGUUUUGGACUAGAGUCCUUUGGAAGUUGUGUUAUUUUGUGCAAGUGGUGUGUUGCAGGAUUUUGAACUUCGCGCGCGCUGUUUUUGUGGGGUUCAAUUUUGUUAGAAAAAGAAAACAAUUUUACCUACGUACCGCGUAAUUCGGUGGAAACUGCAGAAUUACAUAAAAUUGUGAUUGAGUUGCCGGUGGUUCAACGAAAUUGGCGAAACGAGUGAGUUUUCCAGCGAAGGAAGAAGAGCUAAAAGUAUAAUUACCGUGAAGCCGGGCGGGAAGGUUCACCAGACACCGGAAAAGAGCAACUUAACGAAUAUAUGUUCUGAGUUUUUUUUUCAUCGAUUGCCGAUAUUAUUUUUUGCAUAACUUCACGUGUACACGAGUGUGAGUGUGUUUGAAAAGUAGGGAAAAUUUCAUUGAAAUAUUGAGGCAACUUAAGCUGCUGGCGAAAAAAAAGUGUAUUUGAAAGUGCUUUUGCAGUGAGGAUUGACCUGGAUAGUCGAGUCGGCAAGCUGUGCGGCAAGAAGUGUUCCGGGAAAUCAAAUAUUUUGCUAUACUGAAGCAACACGAGCCUACGAGAGCCAGCUGGAAGCAGAAUAAUAUCUAAACCGAAGAUUUUCGGAUUUGUCUGUGGCUUACUGAAGAUUGAGUGAAGUAACCUGAACUGUGAACAACCUGACCGACUGAGCUUCGAUCUCCCAGUGUGAUUUAGUGCUUAGUGUAGAGAGAUCACUUCACACCCUUAAAGGGGCAAGUGCACGAAGAAUCAGUGAGGGAUCGAUUAGAUCGAUACGUUGCAUAAAGCGGUGAAGACGAGUCCAAGUGUUUAGUGCGACGAUUUACGACUCCGAGUUCGCGGGCCAAGUCCUCUCGAAAUCAAAAAGAGUGGAAAAUUUAACGUGAUUGAGAGUCACUCAAGAGCGUCGCAGAAGAGCUCAACAGACGGAGGCAUUGUUCAUGAGGUUCCAGUACCGGCGACGACCGGAAUCGCCGCGGCACUAACUGCAAUUCGUCUCAUCGGCGGCUUGAAAUCUUAAACAUUACACCGGGUCAGCAUUAGCCACCACACCAUGUCCAGCGGCAGUCGGAGGCGACAUCCCACCAGGAUGUCAUCGAUACCGGGUCCGGUUUGGGCCGCUCUGGUGCUACUACUUCCCCUGCUCGUGUCCGGCCUGGCCAUGACCAACAGCGUGUUCAAAGCGUUCAGCAAAGAUCAAACGGUCACGUCCAGCACGCUGAGCUGGGAAAAGUUCAACGGGGACGAGACCCAGCUGCAGUACGCCGUCCGGACGUACAACCUGGCGGACCAUCCCCGCUCGAAGGAAAUGACCGAUACGGAACGGUUGCAGCACGCCAGCUACGUGUGCCGGAUACAGAUCGAGGGCAUCUACUGUGCCGGCCAGACGCACAUGGAGGACACGUCGACCAUCUGCCGAGCCUCGAUCCAGUCGGACAUCCGGCGGCAUCGGACGUUCGAAGUGCUGGUGAACCGCGGUGGCGGCGGAAAACUCAUCUGGAAGCCCUGGAACAAGUACCUGUCGGACAAGUUCCCGGGUGCGGUCAGUUCCAGUAUUGGCAAGGUCGACGACUACUACGUGGCCCGGUACAAGCUGGACCACCACGGCCAUCACCAUCCGUACAUCGUGGGCAACUACGACCCGCUGGAGAAGCUGGGUGGACGUAUCUUUGCACCCCUGCCGGAGGCCCCCAACGCUUAUGAACACGAACACGGAGAAAUUCUGGUUGAAAUUGAGCCCGUCCAGUACGAGCUGCGCAACAUCAAGCUGAACAAGGUGAAGACGCUGAUCAAGAAGAAUAUUACGAAUUUGGGAUCAACGGUGCUUUCCAACGAGGAGGACGGUACGAACCAGGCUGAGACGGUCAUUACGUACGACUACGUCAAGGUGACGUACUUUGGCCGACAGCAGGGCGUUGGCAACGGCGUCCCGACCAAGGUGAUUGAUCCGAGGACGCAGCAGACGGUGGACAUGUACUGGGGCGUCGAGUUGACCGAGCGCAAGUUUGAGACCAAAGCCAUCAACACCAUUCUGCAGCCGGGAACGGCCAUCAACGUGACUCUGCUGGGCAAUUACACCGAAAUGGAGGCACCUUACCACGCCAACCUGAAGGCGUACUACGACGAUAACAGCGAUCCGUCCUCGCGGCGGUUGAACGGAUAUAUGCUGAGCAAGGACAUGGAGGACGUCAAGAUCGAGUUCAGCCCGAUCUACUGGAUCGAAAACGGGACGCUGGUUCCAACGACGACCACAACGACCACGACGACCACUUCCACGACGGAGGCCACCACCACCAACGAUCCGGUUCCGAUCAGCAACACGCCGAUCGACGACAGCGCCAACGCCCUGCCGGCGGACGGUGCGGACGACAUGAGCAACGAGAUCGACCGGUCGCUGGCGUCCGCUGCUGGCAGUCGGGAGGAGGUGGCCAGCAGUAGAAGCAUCGACAAGCCCGAGAGCAGCAUCAGUCUGUCGAGCGUGGGCGGAUCGGCCAAGGGAAGCCGCGGUGGGGCACCGAGUCUGCGGUGGUCCCCGGUCGCGGUGAUAGCGGCGGCGAUUGGGGCCGCUUUUGUGGCACAACGGAUUUAAAGCGAUGUCUCUAGGUUGUAAGCUAUGUUAAAUAAGUUCCCUACCAUUACCUUCACUUUUUGUUGUUCCUUCCCGUUCUGUGGACGCAGAAUUUUUUUAAAAGUGGUAAAAUGUUGAAGCUUUUGUCACUGCAAUCUUUGCGAAUCUCUUGUUUCAUAGCCUAUAAGUGCGCGCGAAAAGUUUUAAGCUAAGUUGAACAGAAAAAAAAACUCACAAAUAUCAUUCUAUUUAAUUAGGGCAAGAGUUGAAUUUAAUUUACUAAGAAGCAGCCUAGUUUUUCUUAGCACACAAUCUCUAGCGAGUAGGAACCCAGUGAAGAUUCUAGCGUGUAAAAAACCGUCAAUGUAGAAAAAUGCAACCCCCUUUAUAUUCAUCGUGUAAAUAUAGUUUAUAGUUUUUAGAGUGGCGCGGAAACGCUUUCUUUCUGUGCAAGAUUUUUGGUUCGAAUUAAGGUUUUCCCUCCGAUUCAAACAUUCCACACAAACACACACACUCACUGUCUAAUGCCUAGCACAACGAGCCACACACACGCGGUCAUGCUAUUUUGGUGUCUUUUAUUGACAAAUUAUGAUUUGAGAUUUUUUUUUUUUUUCGAAUACUUUGUGCAUUUUUAAAACAUUUCUUUUCAAAAAAAUACAUACAUAUACAUUUUUGAAUGAUUUGAUCAAAAUUAAUGCAACACUGUGCACUUGUUAAAUUUGUACGAUUUAUUAAAGCAAAUAAAUUCCAAAGAAAUAGCCUGAAAUUUGAUUGUUAGUCUCACUGCCAUUAGUAAGAUCUUCCACAGAAAUUAUAAAAUAAUUAAUGCACACAGCUUAGAAGCAGUUCAAUCGAACUAAGUUGAAAUUGAAACCAAUUAUUUCAUUUUAAUUCAUUUCAAUUGAUUCGCAAAAUUUGAACUAAACUGUAAACGUGAUGCUUAAUUUGCAUUUAUUUCCAAAUUUAAACCAACAAUGAAAGACGUGUAUUGAUGUGUUUAGUACAAAGCGGCUAAAAACGAUAGUGAACAGUUUGCACUUUGGAACAAAACGAACGUACGGAAUUGCAAAUCUAUCGUCGCUGAUAAAAAUCAAAUCAAACAAAUCUUGAUCGAACAACAGCAGCAUGUGUAGCGUAAUUUAAAUAUACACACAAACAAAAAGAUUAAUCUUAUAAUCACGAAUAAAUACAAUCUCUUGCAUCUCUACUGAGAAAAUUUAAAUAAAGAAGAAGAAAAACAACAUAAAAAAUGCCUUGCGUGUGUGAUCAAUAUUCUUAUUAAAACGAACAGAAGUAAACAUGUAAUAAAACAAAACAAACAAAAAACGUCGUGUUACAUAAGAGCCAAUUUUCUGCCUGCAUCUACCGAAAUCCGGAAAACCUAACCUGCUACCUUUGAAAAACCCCCUCCAGAGGUAACGAAACGAACCGAGUUAAGGAGGUAUAAGACUAUGGCAACACCAACAAACUAGCACUUUUUCGUGUUUGACAGUUUGCCAUACUCGCAAUCUUAUUUGUGGCACAGGCAAACUGUCAAAAAGUGCGAGCUCAUUUGUUUGGCAUAGUCUAAUACUUCCUUAAAAUAUACGGCCAUGAAAGGAUAUUGCGAGGCAGGAAAACUGAAUAAACGUUGCUUUUUUGCUUAAAGUUUGGAAAUUGGCUGGUCUAUUUUUCUACUCUCAGAAUUUUGGCAAAUGUCCUCUCAGCCAGAUUCGUGAAUGUGUUAUCUUGCAUGAGAGAGCAAUCAAAAUAUUGAAUGUUUGAGGAUAGACCUUUUUAUCAAGUUGUGCAAUGAUUUCGAAAAAAAAAACUUUUAAAAGCAGCAACAAAAUAUUCAUAGAGCCAACACAAAAAGUUGCCUUGAUUUGCCUAAGCUUAACGGUCCUUGUUUAAAUUAUGAGCGAUUAAUAUGCCGAUUGCCGAAACAUGUGUAUAAACCUGCCAAAAAGAAGGAAAAACCUAUUAAAUUAACUUUAAAUUGGUCCGAAAAGAGUUUAACAAGUCAAUGAGAACGAAACGUAAUAUGCGCAAUUGAAAAGUGAUGGAACAGAUUAGGGAAACACUCUUUCCCCUCCUUAUGUGCUGGAAUUUGUACAGUCGAAUAACCUUUUGCUAAGAAGUCAUACACCAGUUUCGUUUAAAAAUUUGCAACGGAAACAAAACACAACAGUUGAAACGACAAAAAACACGUUUACAUUGCGUAGAACACAAGUGAGAGCAGAUAUGGAAGUGAACAAAAAAUGACGCUAUUUUUAUAAUCGUAUUUAUUACCAGUAGCGAGUAACUUUAACGAACUAUUGAAUAAUAAAGAAAGCCACAGGAAGAGAUUGAGGGAAGCAGCCUUUUUUGCGUGCGCGCGACGGAACAAACGAAAAUCGAAAACGGUUGAUAUUUGGGAGAGAGAGAUCUAAAUCCUUGCCCUAACCUAACUGUGUAACUAUUGUCCCGUUAACGGUUUGCUCUAAUGAAAAUGAUGUGAAAGUAAAAAAACGACAAAAUAAAUGCGGUUAAAUGCUGAGUUAAUGUGCAGAGCAAAAAGUGUACGUUAAGUGUAGCUUAAGAAGUGAAUACAAAAAAAAAUAACAUUUUCGCAGAUGUGAAAUAUUAGCGCUAGAAAAAUGAGCGCAAGGACGAAGGAAGUACCGUUAUAAUUUGUUGAUUGUAUAUUAUUGUAAUGUAAUUGUAUUAUGAUGCAAAAUGAACAAAAGUAUUCUCAAUAAAAACGAAUUGAUCAAAACGAAACGUU